AUUCAAGACAUAACAACUACGUGGGGGGGCAACAUUGAAUAGAAAAUGCACCUCAGCCUUCCUCCAUUUGUCAUAUAGAAGUGUCUCAAAAUCUUGCUUAGCCGACUACUCAAACCUUUUAGGACGUGUGCAAAUUUUUUUAUGGUCAUCCACUAAUCAAGUGUUGAUCAAAAUGGCUUCUAUUUGUGAGAUGGUAUUGUAGUCCUGACAUAAAGAAGGGUUCCUGAGUGAUAAAAAAAAUGAUUUACGACACGGUACUAGCCAAAAGCUUUAGUCGUUAUGAUCAGAAAAGGUUGGGAUAUGGAGCAUUUGUGAGCUGCUUGUUCAUAAUUUUGAGUCUUUGCACUGUGUUUAAGCCUUACUUGGGUCCUGUGCAUGUUUUGAGCCUGAAACUCUUCAUCGAUGUUGACACUAAAAUGCUGAUCACCAGCAGCUCUUUACAAAUAGCCAAAGUGAAAGGAAAAGAAACAAAGAAAGAGGAGCUACUAUGUACUUCAGAAGAAAGAACAGAAUUUUGCCAAGCAAGGGGAGACAUCAGAGUCCAUGGAAAAUCCUCCACCGUAUCCAUUGUUUCAUCUAAGACAACUAUGUUGGAAAAAACCAUGUCACGGAGUUUAAAGCCUUAUGCACGGAGGGGCGAUGUAGAUGCAAUGAAUCGUGUAAGAGAAUGGUCAGUGAAGGCAGUAAAUGCUAGCCAGAAAGCUCCCCAAUGCACCCAAAGUCACAACAUUACGGCUGUAUUAUUUUCUACUGGAGGGUAUUCUGGUAACCACUUCCAUGAAUUCACUGACAUUGUUAUUCCACUGUUUUUGACUGCUAGACAAUUCAAUGGAGAAGUACAAUUUAUCAUAACUGAUAAACGUCCUUGGUGGAUUUCAAAGCACAAACCACUUCUUAAGAAGCUAUCCAACUAUGAGACUAUGGACAUUGAUGGAGAUGAUCAAGUUCAUUGCUUCCCAAGUGUGACUGUGGGUCUCAAACGGUAUCAGAAAGAGCUAAGCAUUGACCCUCAAAAGUAUUCCUAUUCUAUGAAAGACUUCAGGGAUCUUUUGAGAAGUUCCUAUGCAUUGAAGAGAGUUGAAGCAAUGAAAAUCAGAGAUGGUCUACGUGGGAAGCCCAGGCUCAUGAUUCUUUCAAGAAAAAGAUCAAGAUCCUUCACUAAUACAGAUGAAAUAGCAAAAAUGGCUGCGAGUUUGGGCUUUGAUGUCAUUGUUAAGGAAGCAGGGUGGAGCAUGUGGGGCUUUGCAAAUGUUGUGAAUUCUUGUGAUGUGUUAUUGGGAGUUCAUGGUGCUGGUCUCACUAACAUACUUUUCCUUCCGGAAAAUGCAGUUUUCAUCCAAGUUGUGCCUUACGGAGGGUUUACAUUGGAUUGGCUUGCUACAAAUGACUUUGGAAAGCCCUCUAAGGAUAUGAACUUAAAGUACUUGGAAUACAAAAUAGGCUUGAAAGAAAGCACUCUUAUACAACAAUACCCGCUAGAUCACAUUUUUAUAAAGGAUCCCCCAUUGGUUGAGAAAAUUGGAUGGGAAGAAUUUAAGUCUGUGUAUUUGGACAAACAAAAUGUAAAGCUUGAUGUUGAUAGGUUUAGGCCUACAUUGCAGAAAGCCUUAGAGCUAUUGCAUCAAUAAGUACGGUUUGUCUUGUUGAUCCAGUAAGCUGGAAUGGGAGCUUUGAGUGUUCACAGUUAGGAUCAGAUCACACUUUUGAAUGCAGUAUUUUUCUUUUUUUACUGAUAUUUAUCUAUUGUUUUUCAAUAAGGUGCAUACAGAACGAAGGACAAAGAAGCCUCCAUCUGCAACGAAACUUCUGUUUGGAAAGGAAAAUGAUAUUCGAAGGACCUGAAGCGUUUUAGGCACCACUUUUAGGACAUCUUGUAAUGACAAACAUUUUAGGCUAUGUCCUGUGUUUGGCUAUGUCUUGAAGAUUAAUUUUAGGAAAUAAUGGUUUUUCUUUUUCAGAAAUUCUCUUUGCAAAAUAAUGAUCAUUAUUGAAGCUAUUUAAAACUAAAAA